GUCCUUGAUUUCCCUUAUGCAACUUUAAAUAUAAUAUGCAUGCACAAUAAACUACUGUAAAAUUUAUUUACAUCACUCGACAGAAAGGUUUUUUUUUUAGUUGGACGUGCUACUUCGGCUGUGUGACCUGCAUCAUCAACCCAGAACUAAAGUUAGAUUCAGGUCGAUUUGUGAACCAGCUCGACCGGUUAGUUCCUGAAAACCAGCUCAAAUGAACGAUUCGUUCAAGAACCUACAGUAACAUCACGACUGCAAAAAUCUUCCCCCAAAUAGCAGAGCACUAGCAGCCACUGAACUACUUGGAGGAUCCAUAAAGUAAUGCUUUGUCCUAUUUCAGGAGUUGUACACCAGCAAAGUGGCUGUUGAUGAUUGUUACGUGCCACAUGCACGCACAUCGAGAGCGACACCAAAGAAAAGGGGUGCCGUCCGGAGUUCAAUCUCCUGCUUCCACAAACACACCGGCACACAACCCAGAAGUCAAGAAAAGUGGUAUUUAUUUGUUUACAUUGGGAUGAGACUUGAGGAAUAACUUAAGCUGAGAGGGCUUCAAAUGGCCAAAACAAUAAACAAAAGGGAGUUUUCUAACUAAGUUAAGUCCUCUUCCCUGGAAUUAAACAAUAAAUAAAAUACAAAUCCUUACCUCCCUUUCUGACCAUUAAACAGGAGAAAACUAUAAAGGAAAUAAAAAAGGCCUAAAAACCUCUCUCACAGGUUAUUUUAAACAAAUAAUGGUUAGUUUGCCAAUACAAUUACCGGCCUAAUACCACUACCAGUUCUAACUCCUCACCAGGAGUUUUACAUGAACUGGGACACAGCACAGCUCUCUCGGGGUUAACACAACACUGUUCUUUAAAGCAGCAGUCGUCCACACACGAUCUACACCAAGGAAGCAGGAGGGUGAGCUCGACAAACAGACAAUCCUCACUGCUUAUAUCCACACGUUGACAUGCUUCAGCUGCGUCCACUUAGCAGCUGCACCUGUUGCUCUAAUGAGCAGGGAGCGAAAGAGAGAGAGACAAGAAAAUACACACCACUCACAGGUUAAAACUUUUGACACCCCAAUUACGUUCUAACACGUAACAAUGAUAAUAUAAAGAAUGUUAUGGAAACACAAUCAUGGAUGAAAAUAUGACCUGCUGAAAUGUGCAUGAGGAAAAAUAAUGUUAUUAAUCUCAUUAAUCUUAUCACUUGACUGCCAGUAAUUCUCAGUUACUAAGAAAUUGCAUGGAAGAACAUCUUCCUCAUCUCUGUCUCUGGUUUUAAGUUGCACCUUCUCCACCCCACCCUAGACGUAGGAGGAGUGGUUUCAGAGCUCUUCUUCUGCCCAGUUGGAAAGACAACAGCAGCUGUUGUUAUUGGUGAAUCUCAGGAUAUCAAGAACAAUGGGUGGAUCCAAUUCAAGCACUGCAGUGAUGUCUCACUGGACCCCGGUGAAGCCGGUCACUCCAGAGGUGAAGCAAAUCUGCCUUCAGAUGAAGUUACAAGUAGAGGAGUCGGCUGGAACCUGUUUUGCCGUUUAUAUUCCUGUAGAUUUUAUUUCCAGAAAUGACAGUGAAAUAAACUACACAUUUGUGAUAAAGGUGGACGUUGGAAGAAACACAUAUGUUCAUGCAAAGAUAUUUGAAGCCGGUGGAGGAGAACUCAAUGUGCAAGAUACCUGCUACCCAAAAUCUGACAGCGACCCUCUGGUCCCCUUCUGAACACUUCUAACCGCACAGAAUUAGCAAGUCUGUCUUAUCAUAUAACAGAAACACACAUGCUAGGAGAACAUGUAAAAUAUUACAGUCAUUAAAAUCAAUAUGCAAA